GCGCCACCUGCGCGCCUGCAACGACGGGGAGGCCCACCGCGCGCACCAAGCGCGCCAGCGGAGCCAGAAGGCGGCGGCGGAGGCGGCGAGAAGGAAGGAGGCGGCGCAGCUCAGCGUCGCCUCCAGCGCGGUGUGGAGCUUCUCGGGCGGGCACGCGAGCCAGCUGUGGAUGCUCGACACCGAGCAGCUGAAGAAGCACUGCUCGCAGGCUGGCCUCGCGACCGCGGGGAGCCGCGAGGCGCUCGUGGCGCGGCUGGCCGAGCACCUCGUGGCCAAGAGGGGUGGCAAGAACAAGAGCAUCCCAGUGUGCUUGCCAGAGAACUUCCAGUCACUCAGCGACUCCCAGUUGGCCGUCGUCUGCGCAGCGCACCGGUUGCCAGGC